UUUUCUAGUAGUUGUAACACACCACCCCCAUCCUACACUUAAUACUCGGACAAACACAAAAAAACUCCCAACCAAAUUCCUCUUCUCUUUCUAUAUUUUCAUUACCUUCAUUUCAUAUUCUUUUUUCUUUUCGAUUCUCAUCAUUCAUUCAUAUCAAGAUUGAGACAUAUCGUCUAUCGAUUAUCAUCAGACGAUUCUUAAUUAAUUAAGGUUUUGUUUGGGAGAUCGAGGAAUUAAGAUGACGAGCCAAGAAAAGGGUCAUAAAGCUUGUGAUCUGACAUCCUCAUCCUCCUCCUCUGACGACGGUGGUGUGAAGGUGGUGGCGCCGGGCAAAAAGGGUUGCUGCGGCGGCGGAAAGAAGAAGAAGGGCGGAGGAGGAAAGAAGGGGAAAAGAUAUGGUUUGGUUUCAUUUGAAGAAUUGCCGGAGUACAUGAAGGAUAAUGAGUUUAUUUUGAAUUAUUAUAGAGCUGAAUGGCCUUUGAAAGAAGCUCUUUUCAGCGUUUUCCGAUGGCAUAAUGAAACGCUAAACGUUUGGACACAUUUAAUUGGAUUUGUUCUCUUCUCGAUACUGACCAUUGCGAAUGUAGUAAAUGUUCCUCAGCUAGCAGAUUUCAUGACGCUGUUUACAUGGAAUUUCCCAACAAGUGCAGAGACAAAUAUAUCUCAAAAUUUUUUGCAGGGGGCAAAGAGAAUGAUAGAGCUAAAACAUGGGCAGAGUUUAGAAAUGGACAUAACAAGAGCAGCAGGAGAGAUGGUUAUUACAACAGCAACAACAUGGCCAUUCUAUGUGUUCCUAGGAGGAUCAAUGUUCUGUCUCCUAAGCAGCAGCAUAUGCCACCUCUUCUCUUGCCACUCCCACCACCUCACCCUCCAGCUCCUCCAAAUGGACUAUGUAGGCAUCAGUGUGAUGAUAAUCACCUCAUUCUUCCCACCAAUCUACUACAUUUUCCAGUGCUCCCCCCACUGGCAAAUCCUCUACCUCACCGGAAUCACUGUCAUGGGCAUCUGCACCAUCAUCACCCUCCUCACCCCCGCCUUCUCCACCGGCAAAUACAGGUCCUUCCGCGCCUGUUUGUUCAUGGCAAUGGGGUUCUCGGGCCUCAUCCCGGCUCUCCAUGCCCUCGUCAUCAACUGGGACGACCCUCAGAGGAAUGUCACCCUCGCAUACGAAGGAGCCAUGGGGUUGUUCUACAUCACUGGGACUAUGUUUUACAUCACCAGAGUCCCCGAGAGGUGGAUGCCGGGCUUCUUUGAUCUGGCUGGCCAUAGCCACCAGAUCUUCCAUGUGUUUGUCAUCUUGGGUGCCUUGGCUCACUAUGGUGCAGCACAGAUUUUCUUGGAAUAUCGUGACAGGUUGGGAUGUCAAAGAAUUAGGUGACACAAGAAAGUAAACCGGUCUGGCUAAUAGUUAGUCCAGUUGCUAAUUGAUAUGAUGUAGUGGGCGGGUAUUACAUGUAUGUAUACAUUUGUUUUAGAAGAAACAAAUUCAGAUUAUUAUUGAUUUGUUGUAAUAUUUCAUAUUUGUAUACUCUCAGAAAUGAUUCUAUAUAAACACAUAUAUUUGUGAAGGUUAGUCUUCUCUUCAA